AAAUGAAAGAAAACUCGUAAAUUCGGUGAUUUGUGUUAUUCAAAAAUAUUUUCUUUCGCGUAAAUAAACGAUCUCGCAUCUAAACGCGAUGCAUAGAUCUCUUUGAUCUAUCUUUGGGAUAAUCAAUCAACGUGCACGCGUUUCCUAUAAUCGUAUGACAUAGAUUACGACAUAGAUACGUAUGCAUGAUCGGUUAACAAAAUUUACGUGGUUAAUAAAAAUAAAGAUAUAAUAAAUGAAAAUUUAAUCUUCCUAUCGGAUAUAAUAUUUACCUAUUAAUUAAUAAUUCAAACGAUUCGCGCAUGCAUAUAUGUAGCCGUAAAAAAUCAUGCGUUCGAGUGAAAACAAUUUAACAUCCUGGCCGAAUGUUCUGACCUUGCAUCGAACUUCCUGCAAUGGAAGUCUUUACGAUUGUGCAAUAAAAGAGUGCAUCCCCGACAAUUCUAUCGAUUUCGAUCGAAUUUGUGCCUUUACUCAGAACACUACGAUGACCAAUUUAUUGUGCAGAUCAUGCGAUUAUCAAAAUUGUCAGAUGAACGUGUCGUUGAUUUUAAAUAAAUGGGAAACUAGCAUGGAAAGUAUCUUUUUAUCCAAGAUUACGAACUUAGAUGGUUGCCUUUCGAACAGCACCAGACACGAGAUCCUGGAAUGCUCUCAUCAAAGAAAUAUCGUCGAUGGGGAAGACAUUGAAUUCUACUGUUCGCGAAACUCAACGGUGACGAGUCGUCGAACCGACUGGAGAUUUCUUUUCGUUGCCUUUAUCAUAGUAAUAGCUGGUGGUUUAGGAAAUUCUUUGGUUUGUUUAGCCGUUGUAUUGGAUAAAAAACUUCACAAUUUAACUAACUAUUUUCUAUUAUCUCUCGCCAUUGCCGAUCUACUUGUUAGUCUGUUCGUCAUGCCGAUGGGGGCGAUUCCUGGAUUUUUAGGUUACUGGCCGCUCGGUGUAAUCUGGUGUAACAUUUAUGUGACCUGCGAUGUUCUGGCAUGCUCGGCGAGCAUUAUGCACAUGUGUUUCAUUUCUGUGGGCAGAUAUGUAGGCAUUCGUAACCCAUUAAGGACACGAAGGACCUAUACGAAACGUCUGGUUGCCCUUAAAAUAACAACCGUCUGGUUAUUAGCUAUGCUAACGUCCAGUUUUAUUACACUAUUAGGUUUGAUCGAUUCGAAAAGUAUAAUGCCAGAUUCAACGACUUGUGUUAUCAAUAACAAGAUUUUCUUUAUUUUUGGAUCUUUAAUUGCAUUUUAUAUACCAACGAUUGUUAUGAUAUUGUCUUACGUAUUGACGGUGCAAUUACUACGUAAGAGGGCGCGAUUUAUCGCGGAAUAUUCGAAAAACGAUCUAUCGUUUGGAAAAUCAAUUGGAAAAUUAGUUUCGACGAAAAAUCCAUCGACAGAACGUGAAAAUACAAGGUCUCUCAAAUUGUUAAGCGGAAAGACAAAUAAAAGAAUCCUAGCUGCGAAUGCAAUAGCUUCGAAACAAAAGGCCAGCAAAGUUCUUGGAUUGGUAUUUUUUACAUUUUUAAUUUGUUGGGCUCCAUUCUUUGCAUUAAACAUUAUAUUCGUCAUUUAUCCAAAUAAUAUCGUGCCACGACAUAUAACAGACACGUUUUUGUGGUUAGGUUAUGCAUCUUCCACCAUAAACCCUAUCAUUUAUACGAUUUUUAACAAAACUUUCCGGGCUGCUUUCGUACGCCUAUUAAAAUGCAAAUGGUCUAGAUAAUAAUUCGAAAUUAAUUCUAGUAUUACGUAUUUAUUCCUUUUUUAUUUUUAUUAUUUAUUUUAAUUCUUAUUCCUCACUCUCUCUUUCUACCUCUCCCUCUCUUGUAAUUUUUAUUUUCUAUAUAAUAUAAACGAAAUACCUAUUAGUAUACUUUAAAGAUGUUAAAAAAUACGAGUCUGUUAAGAAAAAUAAAAGUAAAAUAAAUAGACGGCAUGAAAAACUGAAAUCUUUAAAAUAUGUUAGGUAAAUUAAAUAAUUAAAUACUAUAUUUGCACUUUAUUUAUUUUUUGAAAGGCUGAGAAGAGAUAAUGGGUGUCGCAUUUUCUUUUAGCACUUUGCUCUAUAAUAUUUUCAAUUACUACAAAACAAUGUGCCAAAGUAAAAAGUACAUUGAUUACAAUUAGUGUGUGUUUAUGAAAACGUGCAUUAUCUCUUUAACAUAUUUUAAGUGUAAUGUACUAGAAGUGUCGUCAAUUUGU